AUGAAGCGGUUCAUGCUGUUAGUGGUGGUUGUGGUGCUCAGCACCUUCAUUCCCCGCAGCCAAUGCAAAGCUAUAUCCAGGUCUAGGGAUGAGCGCGCUGGCUCUAGCCUAACGGAACGGCAGCGACCGGCUCUACCGAUCCUCAUGCGCCUGGGAGAAGAAUACUUCAUCAGGUUGGAUGACCCGAAGCAGAGUAUGCGCGCAUCUGAACAAAGCUCUCUGCCACAAGCGACCACCGUUAAUCGUGCACUUCAGCUGCAGCUCACACAGAGGAUGUUGCAGGAAGAGGUGAAUGGACUUGGUAACGUUUUAACAGACAACUUCAUCCAGCUGCCGGAGAGGAAGCGUCGGGGCGAAGAACCACCAAUCUCCCUGGAUCUGACGUUUCACCUGUUGCGCGAAGUGCUGGAGAUGGCACGGGCUGAACAGUUAGUGCAACAGGCAAGCAACAACCGAAAAAUGAUGGACUUCUUUGGGAAGUAA